GGGAUUAUACGCUACGAUAUGAACGCGACUACUGUGUUCACGUCGCGCGACUUGGUGCAAGGCAUCGUGUGUUAUCAAGACGGGAUCUUUAACGACCUGCGCCCGUACUUUCGCCCAACUUUGGCCACGAAACUGACCCAGGGAGGGUAUUAUUACUACCCCCGGAACACUACCGCCGCCGUGUUGCACUUAGCGAUCGCUCGCAACGACGUCCGCGUCGUCCAGCGCCUGCUGCCCUGUCGCCCUGCUAUGUUCACUGCCCAGGCCCUAGACUUGGCCGCAUCGUUCGGCCAUCUCGAUCUUGUGCGGUUUCUUCACGCCGCCAGUCCAGGAGGGGCCACGACGUCCGCCAUGGACAGCGCCGCUCAAAACGGCCAUCUUGCUGUCGUGAUAUUCUUGCACGAGCAACGCCAAGAAGGAUGCACCACGUAUGCCUUGAACUCGGCGAUACGGGAGAACCACAUCGAGGUCGUUCGCUUUCUCGUCGAGCGUCGGACCGAAGGCUGCAGCGACGCCACCGUGCACCACGCUGCCGCCACGGGGAAAUUGGACGUGCUCCGUCUACUCCACGACACCACGCUCGGCCGUUUUUCGAGCCAAACCAUGGAUAUGGCCGCGGCGGCCGGACAGUUACAAGUUGUGAAGUUUUUACAUUGUCAUCGCCCCGACGACGGGUGUUCGGCGGACGCGAUGGACGACGCAAGUCGACGGGGUUUUGGACAGGUUGUGCGGUACUUGCACGACCUUGGUAAGACUUGUACGACCAACGCCAUGGACGAUGCCGCGGCCAAUGGCCAUCUGGACAUUGUCCAGUUCCUCCACAACUACCGACACGAGGGUUGCACCACGGACGCGAUGGACCAGGCGGCGCGCAAUGGACAUUUGAAUGUGGUGACCUUUCUACACACACAUCGAAAGGAACGAUGUACCGUCGACGCCAUGAACGACGCCGCGAGCUUUGGACAUGCCGCUGUCGUCGGGUAUUUGAAGGAACACUUGAUCACUUUCUGUGACAUGAACCGUGCGGCCACGCUGGCUCGACGUGGCGGCCAUGUUGCGCUUGCUCAAGAGCUAGAGAUGAUCCCCCUUGAUAUAGGACUAUCCGAAAAGUGAAUACCGGUACAGUACUCGUGCAGAUGGGUCUUACAGUUAUUAUUAAUAAUACAAUAAAUAGUAAUUAAAAC